UCUACCACGAUCACAGGAACCAAUUUGUUCAUGAGAAAUCCAUAAGCCGACAUGGCCAAGCAAGACCGAAAUGCCACGGAUGCAGAGGUUCAGCUACGAAUCUCGCACUUUAUGAAGCAGCCACUAGGGGAUGAUCCAACGCCCUAUGCUCGACAUGUUUGGCUUCCUGAGAGUUUGGCACCGGAACAGGACCAAGCAAAUGCUGGACCACUCCAUUAUCUAGCUGAGCCCGCACCUUCAGAACACUCGAAUCCUGCUAUAUCGUCCUCAUCAUCUUCACCAACCGAAGAUGACAGCGAUUCGGGAUUUUCGCCCAUUACUAGUCAGGUUGGAUCCGAGUCUGGCCUGAGCGCGUUAUCCCCAGAAUCAACUACACGUAUAGCUGAUGAGGCUAUAGUGGAGGAAUUGAUGUCCUGGGCGAGAUCCUGGCUGAAAGACCGUCUCUACCCAGACAAUGGCCCCAGAGCUUUGGCUGACUCCACGGGUACCCCUUUGGUUGAUGAAGGAGGAGGUGCAAGCACUGAGACAAGCUCGAAACGGAGACGGGUUGACAAAGACAGCAGUGAAGGCAACGAAAGCAAUAAUGGUCAUGGAGGUAUUCCUGGGAAUCACAAGGACGCCGACCAUAAGCGUGAUAACAACGAUGAUGCGAAAAACGAACAAGAGGGGGAAGGGGACAAAAGUGUUCGACCGUGUGAUAAUCUACGACUACUAGCUUGCCCCUUUUACAAGCGAAACCCUCGAAAGUAUGGGCAGCCGGAAUGGAGAAGCUGCAAAAGUGCGGGCUUUAAAACACUGCACCGGCUCAAGGAGCAUAUAUACCGCCGCCACAGAAAGCCACGCUAUCAGUGCAAGCGAUGCCAAGACGAUUUUAAGAGAGAAGAUGCCCUUGACUUGCAUUGCGCACAGCCCGUCGCAUGCCAGUCUCGCCCGGCGAUAAUUCAGAAUGGUAUCAAUGACACCCAGGAGAGAGCAAUAAGAUCAAGGAAACUCGCCAAGAAGAACGAAACUGAGGAGGAAAAGUGGCGCCGUAUGUAUGGUGUUAUCUUCCCAGAUGAUACGGAUUGCCCCAGUCCAUAUCACACUCCUGACGAGGAAUCGAAAGAAUUUGAUCUCGUUGAGGAAUACCGAAGUUUUCUCGCUCAAGAACUUCCUCCAUUGGUCCGAAGACAACUCCCCGAUAUACUCAUGAGCGAUCCAGGCAACGAGCUUCGCGAACAGAUUGUGUCUAUGGUUGGUGUUCUCGCAAAUCAACUAUAUGACACAUUUCGAAACGAAGUUGGUCAUUCGGUGUCUCAGGACUUUCCACCAACGUCAACGGAUCAUUCAACAGACGAGUUUCACAUGGUCUCGCAAUCCAUGGAGACCCUGGCAGAUCGAGACACCACCCAAGGUCGAGAAGGACCAGAACAAGCAGUGGUGAAGUCUACGCAAAUAGACGACUUGAAAGUGCCGCCUGGUUUUCAGGUUGAUCCUGUGCACGAUGUGGCCUAUCAUGGCCCUGAUUUCGAUUGGACAACCUUUUUCCACUUGAACGAGGAUAUGGAUGAGACCAAUGUCUUACAAGAUGGAGACUAAGAAAGUCGUUCUGUCACAUUAUCUCACAUAUAUACACGGUAUUCAGAUAGUGCAGCUGGAGAAAUAUCUUGUGGGAAAUCAAUCCGGAUGGCCCUUCUUUCACGGGAGUAGCCGACUAGAUUAGCUCAUCAGAAUUGCCCGGGUCCUUGGGACGGACAAGCUAUACAAUUACGUCUCAAAAUGCAACAUCGACUCGGAUAGCGAAGAUGUUAAGGCGCUAGGCAAUCCCACAUGUCAACCGUUAACGAUAUUCGACAACUCCGACAAUGAACGGCUAGUAACAGAC